AAGAGGGGAGCGCCAUGACGAGGGAAGGGUGAAGAGUCGACCGCCGCUCCGGCAGCUGGCCGGAGUCCAAGCGGCAACACGGCUAGCUGGAGCCCGGCCGCCGCCGGGGCCGCCGCCGGCGAAGCCAUGACGAGGCACUGCCCGUUCGCGGGGCCGCCGCCGCCCGGCCCGGCCCCCGCCGUCGCGGUGACGGGACGAGAAUGCUCCGGGGACAGAAAUCAGUCCAUUACAGAUUUCUUCAAACCAGUUCCAAAGCAAGAUAGACUGGUAUUGGGUUCUACACAGAGAACUAAAGUGAAAUAUGGAGAAGCUGAGAUACCAUUCACCAGCACUGAAAAGUUUGAGAAGAAAGCCUCCACACCCCAAAAAAGACGACAGAGAAAGAUCCUUAUUUCCUCACCAACCAAGAGUCCCAUAAUAGAGGCUUUUAUGAGAGGCGUUCAAGAGCGGAACGACUGUGCUGAUAUACCUAAGGCCGACAUGCUCAGUGCAGCACUGAACACCAAAUAUCCCAAAGUGGUGGUUCGAAAACUCUAUAUUUCGACUGAAUCGUCUUACCAUUGUUUGACAGGACAAGACGGGAAGGAACUUAAGAAGCAGGAAAAGGCCACAACUCAAGGGAGACCAUCACAUGGUCGUGAAAGAGAUAGGGAGAAGUCCAAAUGUAUCGAUCAAGACCAGACUGAUGCAGGCACCAGGGAAUGGAUCUCAGCUCCAAGGAGUGACAUCUUAAAACACAAUUGCAAAAAAAUCGUCAGUGGGAGCAACCUGCCCGUGUGCCAGCAAGCAGCAGAAUGUUCAAAGAGAGAGCAGCCCAGCCAAGAGGAAACAGGUUUUCAGCCCCCCAGAAACAGUAGCCAAAAAGUAGAGCAGUCUGAAAAGAAAACAACCAGCUCAGAAAAGACCUUCUUGAGCAUAAGCAACAUUUCCAAUCAGGAAAAUGGAUCUCCCUCCAAGAUAAGGUCACACUCUUCUUCGUGGGAAGCCAUCUCAGGAUGGUCGCCCGAUAAACCUGCAUUUGGCCAGGUAGGCCAGCUCCUUGCAGCAACCUGCCCAAAUUUGAAACUUUUAGCAGAGUGCUCUGAGCAGAAAGGUUUUCCUGGAAAACGAAAAAGGAACUCCAUGGACAGGGAUCUAAAGAGCUUAAGACAACCUGUGAAACAAAAAGCAUAUGAACCCUCUCUUAGACCCCCGACUGGACAUCAGGAUGGAAAGUGGGCUCUUGUAGAGCACGAAGGCCCAGAGAAUCCCGUGGCCUUGGAGGAGGCUGUUCUCCUCUUCAGAAAAGACUCUCAGGAUGAUCAUUUGGCUAGAGAAGAUAACUUCUCUGCAGACUUAUCACCGCUUCACAGAAAUGAUGAUCAGAUCCACAUUGGAAAUUUCAAAACAAAUCAGUUGAGGGAGUUCAACUUGCUCUUCCCUUAUCAGCAGUCCACUGUGGCUCGGCAAGACUCUGGAUCUGAAGUAACCGAAGGCCUUGAGGAAGCUCAAACUUGCCCUGGCUCGGUGACUUUAAAAGAGAUCGAACUCCCUCCUCCUCCCUGUGUCUCAAACUCUAGAUGCUCUCCGGUAUCAGACGGUCAAAAUUGUGUUGCCCCACCCUCUAAGAAAGCUAAAGGGUUUGGGUUAUCUAAAGGAGGGAGUGUUUUGUGUUCAGAUUUUUCCCAAAAAACAAAAUGGAGUCCAGAAGAAUACGAACGAAGGCCUUGCAGUACUGCCACCGAUCUCUCUUCUGAGGAUACGUCUCGAGAAUCUGUAUCUCCACAUAAUAGUAGGCAGGCAAAGAGAUCAUCAGAGCCUUGUGGGGAAACUUUGUCACUUAGUAGCCCAAGUAUUUCAGGGCCUUCAAAGGUAGGGAAUUUGGAAGACUCUAGUGGAGACGGAGAUGCACUGAGAAGAAAACUAAAGAGCAGUUUUGAUAGUGGGGAUGAAAACGUAGUUUGCAACCUGGACAGCGAUGAGGAAGAAGAAGUUUUGAAACCUCUUCAUGAAAUCUUGUUUUUGAAAGCCAAUCCACCUCCUGCAAACCCAGAAGAAGCUCCUGUCCUUUUCCAAGAGUUCAAAAUUCUAUCACCAAAAUUAAGCUUCCCUAUGAAGAGUUAUGUGAACAGUUUAGAGCGACUGCUGAAGGAGAAGGAAGAAUCACAAAGUUUAGAUGAUCUGGAGAAGCAGCUGGAAGAAGAUAAUAGACAAGGAUUUGAGAUAAAAUCCUCAUUUAAGACUGAAGAGGAAGAAGGUGAUGACAAAGAUGGUGAUCUCUCAGAUGAGCACAGGGAGUUCAUAAAGAAGUUUUCCAUCAUUGUUGAUUCCAUUCCUGAUUACCAUCCUGGUGAAGAAAUAUUCCACUUGCUGAACUCUGGAAAACUCUUCAGUCAGUAUACUCUGGACUUAAGGAAUUCCGGUUUUACCCCACAGAAUGCGGUAGAAAAUCUCAUCAUUAGUUCUGAAAAGACCCAGCAAAUUUUCUUAACAACCCAAGGGUUUCUCAGCAGUGCUUGUCACUAUAAACAGUGCCCGGUACCUAUUUUAAAGUGGUUGUUUCAGAUGAUGUCCGUUCAUACAGACUUCAUUGCUUCCAUACAGAUUUUAAAUACGUUGAUGGAAAUUACAGUUAGAAAUGACUCCACCAGUAAUCCAUCAUUUCGGCCUUGGAUCCCAUCGCUGUCGGACAUAGCCAGAGUGUUUGUCAACAUGGGAGUUGGUUUUAAAUCCUUAUUUGCUCUGCAGAAUCUUCAGCCUGAUUUUAGUGAAGAGGACAUUUUUUCUGAAAUACAAAUGACUUCAGAGAAGGAAAGCAGUGGAGAGUCCAGUGCAGAGCCCAUUUUUACAUGUCUCCCCGAGAACAACAUAUUUAAUGUGGUUAAGUUUUUAGGCCUGUGUACGGCUAUAUAUCCAGAAGGCUACAAGGAUCAAGAAAUAUUCCUAUUGCUCAUCCUGUUGUUUAAAAUGAGUCUGGAAAAGCAGCUGAAGCAGAUUCCUUUAGUGGACUUCCAGAGCCUCCUAUUAAACUUACUGAAGAAUAUUAGAGAUUGGAAGGCAAAGAUGCCUGAACUUUGCCUGGCCAUAAGCAAACUUUCCAGUCAUCACCAUAAUCUUCUGUGGUUGGUGCAGUUGAUCCCCAACUGGAUAGCACGAGGAAGGCAAGUGAGACAACAUCUUAGCCUAGUGAUCAUCUCAAAGUAUCUUGGUACGAAGCAUGAAGAGAUCCCAAAUGCCAGCGACCUUCAGAUGUCUCUCCUCUGCCAGUACCUGGUGAAGAUGAAGCCUUCUAACUUGCUAAAGAAGAUGAUAGCAGAGAGAAGAGCGGAACAGCAAGAUGACCUUAUCGAAGACACUCUACACAUAAAACUUGAACAACAGGCAUAUUACCUGACAUAUGUACUGCUUCAUUUAGUCAACGAAGUUAGUUGUUCUCAUGCUUUUUCUUCCCAACAGAGGAAAUACUUACUGCAGCUCUGUGGUUCCCUGGAAAAGCAUAUUAAAUGUGAUAUUAGGGAAGAUGCAAGGCUUUUCUACAGAACUAAGGUAAAAGAUUUAGUUGCUAGGAUAUAUGGAAAAUGGCAAGAUCUCAUCCAGAACUCUCGACCUAUUCAGGGAAAGCUGCAUGACUUCUGGGUGCCGGAUUCUUGACAGGAGCUGGAGCAACUCAAAUGGUAAACUGCGAGGAAGGAAACAAACACCUCUCCUGGAAACCCAGAAAAUAAAGGAAUGAAAAUGUUUAACCAGCCAAACGGCGAGGCCUUGGCGGGGAGUAGAAAGACAAACUGUUCCACUUGAAUCUCAACUUCUGGAUGAGGUCGGUAAUGAAGAACCACUUCUUUGUGGAGCCGAUCUAAAAUGUGGAUGGAUCUAAUUUUGAAGGCAGUCCUGCUAAAGAAGCAGAAUCAGACCAUAAUAGCCUUGCCAUGAUUCAAUUGUGUGUGAGGAUUGGGUGGGUUUUUCCUUAGCUUGUAGCUAGGGAGAAAGCUGGGUGUAACCAAAUUCCAUAUGCCACCUCCUCUCUAAAGAGAAAACAAUUGCUGCCAAUGAAUCCCCAGGGGCUCCAGCUUUGGAAAAGGAAGGCCACGGUCCCAUUGGAUGAAGUCCUGAGAGUCUUCCCUGCUCAGAAUGAGGGAGCCAGCAGCCCCUAGCCAUGCGGUCACAUCUCCUUCUCAUUUCUGUGUCUCUCUUCUCUACUGACAUUUCUCUUUUAGUUCUGGUCAGAGGAAUAGAGUAGACCUGGUUUAAUAACAAAAGUAGCAAGCAUAAGGUCAUUAUUUCCUUCACACCCGCAAAACGGAAGUGGUGUUCUUUUCGAUGUGACACUUUUUUGUCCCCUUUGCAACAGCGUGUAUUAGGGAAACACGAUAGUUUUUGAGCAGAAGAUGAUGAAGCAUAGAAUUUGGGUGGGGAUUAUAGGAUCCUCAUUACAGAAGAGGAAGAUCUUUAACCCGAAGGACUCCUUUUGGGGAUCGAAACACCGACAAGCCUAGUUCAGAGCCAGUACAGUCCUUGAGUAGUUUGUUCCAUUCUAAAUGGGCCAGAACCUUUAGGGAGAAUCUCUAGUUGUUUGGCUUUUCCAAGCAUGUUCUGAAAGGAAAUCCAGAGAGCACUCUCUAUGCUCAUCAGAGAAGUUUCACUGCCACCAACAGAACUGCAAGGGGACUCUUAAUCUGCCGAUUGACCCUUUGUUUACUGGAAAACAAGCCACUGCAGGUGAAAAACCUCUCCACCAGAAAAGGCUCUUUGGGAAUAAUUGGAUACCUAUCGCCUCUUAGAUCUACAUGCUGAGUUUGUGUUUGACUUGGCCAGCUCAGGGGUUAUUUCCAGGCUUCGUAAGUGACAGGAUUUUGAAGAUAUUUUGCUGGCUGAGCAGAAAGCCGCUUUUUCCCUCUGAUUGCUCAACUUUACACCAGCUUAUCUUUUAAAUAUUGGCUCAUGUGAUGGGGCGACAUUCUCAGUACUAAAACACAAGCAAAAUGGGGGAAAUGGUGGAAUCUUAAAGUUUGGAAAAAAAAGUUUAAAGGAAGGGAUGAUGGGUAAAAAUACUCCAUCUGGAACUUGCCAUUGAAAUUGGGCAACUUCUCAUUUCAAGCUUUAGGCAAUUUAAUCAGGAUAAGAUUGGGAUUCAGCAUGCUGGCAGAAGAGAGAGCUUCAUGGUCUGCCAGGAGGCACACUCAUAUUUGGGUGUAACCAUUUUCUGUAUUUCCCCUACCAGCAGUGAUUCUCCAGUAUCGAUCACUAGCUGCAUUGUAAGUGUGUGGCUACAGAAUAGCACUGAGUGGGUAAGAAUUGAAGUGAUCAGAUUGGCCUUCUCUGAUCUCUGUCCCAUUGUGGAAGCAUGCUAGAGCUUCCCUUCAUUCUUGGUUCAGUACUCUGUGGGUUAGUAUUGCUUGUGGGUGUCAUUUUAUGUGUUGGCAUUCUCUUUACAACUGAUUGUGUGUACACAUUAUAGAAGCAUUGAAUGUACUGCUUUUAUUUACUGUAAUUAGAGUGUAAAUAUUUUCUAAUUAUGUACAUUAAAGGGGUGGGAUUGUUGAGGAAGUGGGUUUAUUUUAUAAAUUGACCUUUUGUACUGCAGUUUUAACAUGGACAAACGGCUACGUUUCUGAUUAAAGAACCACUUUGGUAUGUCUUUUAUGACUCCAGUGGGGAAACAAAUGCUUUUUUUAUACGUUCCUUCCAAUAAAAAAGAACCUUAUAUGUGCACUUUUUUUUUUUGCCUGUAGAAAAGGCUGCAGUUCAGUUUGGGCCAUUGUAUUUGUGUAAUAUGGGACGCUGGCCUAAUUCUGGUCUGUUUGGACCACAAGAUGAGAUGCCUUUUCGGGGAGAUACCUCUUGAAAAGUUAGAGGUCCUAAGCAAGUCAUCCUUCCAGUCUUCCCCUCCAACUGAGUAUUUUCUUUAACCUUUCUGGCUCCGUUUUAAUCCUGGGCCCAGAUGUAUUGGCCCCUUUCCUGACCUCCAAAAAGAACCUUGGCAAUCACGUGGCCAUCCUCUCCCCAGCCUAUACCUAACAAAUGCCCUCCCAAGUAGAUGUUAAUUGCACAUUAAAUGUCAGACCAUUUUGCUGCCUCUGAAGAAGCAGUUUGCACUGGGUGAUGAUGUUGUGAUCAGUAGGCAACAUGAGCUGUACCAAGACUUGUCUUUUUUUUGUAUUUUGGAGAGCUAGGUAAAUGGAUUAGCAUUA